ACUAGUGUACAAUUGAAAAUCCGAAUCCGAUUAUAAAUGUACCUGAUUUCAAAGCACUUGAGCCGCGGCGGUAUUGUUUCAGCGCGAUGUUGGCAAGUGGUAUAAGAAAGUCCUCCUGGAACUCUUCAUGGGCAUUCUCUCUGAAAUCUCAAUCUUUCCAAUUGACAAUAUAUAUCAUUACGUAGAUUAUUAACAAAAUGUCUGUCAGAUACGAAUCCUCCAGCUCCGAUGCUUCCCCGCUUGGAGUCCCUCUCAAAUAUGAAUUUUCCGGCAAAGUUGCACAAAAUCGAUUCCUGAAGGGAGCAAUGAGCGAACGUCAAGCAUCAUGGGACCCAAAAGACCUCAAGGCUAGAGGGAUUCCCUCCACGAGCCUCAUCAAUGUCUACAAGAGAUGGGGCGAGGCAGAAUACGGACAGAUCUUGACCGGAAAUAUUAUGAUUGAAUAUGAUCAUUUGGAGGGUAUGGGAAACACAAUUAUUCCACGGGAGGCUCCUUUCGAGGGAGAGAGAUUUGAGAGAUUUGCAGCGAUGGCAAAGGAGGGAAAAGCUCAUGGAAGCUUAAUGGUUGGACAAGUGAGCCAUCCGGGACGCCAAGUCGAGAAUAGAAUACAACCGAGUCCUAUUUCUGCCAGUGACAUUCAAUUAGAAGGUUCGUACAAAUCUCUUUCAAGCUGGCAUUCGUAUGUGUGGCCGAAACUUGUACUGACGAGUAGCUAUUGUAGGAAACUCGAUGGGAAUGUCCUUCAACAAGCCGCGUCCAGCAACCCAAGAAGAUAUCGACAGCAUAGUUGAUAAAUUUGCCCAUGCAGCAGAAUAUCUCGAGAAGGCUGGUUUUGAUGGUAUUCAACUACACGGUGCCCACGGUUACCUCCUCGCCCAAUUCCUUUCGAAAACUACAAAUAAAAGAACAGAUAAGUAUGGAGGGUCGCUUGGGAACCGAUUCCGCAUUGUCCAAGAGAUCGCGGACGAGAUUCAUAAGAGAGUGAAGCCAGACUUCAUCGUCGGUAUCAAGAUGAAUAGUGUUGAAUUCCAAGAAGGCGGGUUUACGCCCGAAGAUGCCAAGGCUGCGUGUCAAGCACUAGAGGGUGCAAGAUUUGAUUACGUUGAGCUCUCUGGUGGAACAUACCAAGAAUCGGGAUUUGUUCACAAGCGCGAAUCGACUAGGAAGAGAGAGAAUUUCUUUCUGGAUUUCGCCGAGGAAAUUGUUAAGCCUUUGACCAAGACCAAGACUUAUGUUACUGGUGGAUUUAAGACUGUGGGUGCUAUGGUUGCUGCGCUGGAUACCGUUGACGGAGUAGGGUUUGGCCGACCUGCUGCUCAAGAGUUCCUACUUCCUAAGGAUAUUUUGGAAGGGAAAAUUUCUAGUGCGAAGAAGUUGGCCAUUUCGGAUGAUCAGUUCUUAUUGACGUUUAUGGCGUCUGGAGUUCAAAUGCGCCAAGUUGGGGACGACUAUGAGCCCGUUGACUUGAGCAUCAAGGAGAAUGUGGAGCUCUUUCUGAAGGAGGUGGGGGCUUUUGGUGCGAAGAUGGCCGCGGAUACGGAGUUGAAAGAGUCUGGGUAUCUCGAGUGGAUACAUAAUAAUCAACCUUUUGGUUCUUCUUGAACGGAUGAUAUGAUAAAUAGCUGUAUAAAUAUGCACGAUGAAUGGAGAUAGGAGUAAAAGAUUAAAAAUCUUAAUGAUUCAGCAAGAGCAGUUCAAACAAAUUAACGUGGCAUUGUCACUUUUUUAGGACGUUGUGAAAUUUUUACAAGUAAGAUUGUCGACUGUGAUGGUACUGUCUUUAUUUCCCAACCCGAGAGUUUCUAUUAAAAAGGUACAUUCAUUCUUAUUACGGACGAUUUCCAUGUCAGAAGGAAAUUUCGUUCUUUGUCAUGCAAACAUAAUA